AUGAAAGCUCUGGUUUUUGAUGGUAAAAGUCUGUCAGUCAAAUAUGAUGAGAACUAUCCUAUGCCCAGGAUAGAAAAUGAUACGGAUGUUAUUGUGAAGGUCGAAUAUUCUGGAGUUUGUGGCACGGAUAUACAUAUAAUUCAGGGCGAGUUUCCAGCAUCAAAGGAGAAGCCCUUACCCCUUGGACAUGAGUUCAGUGGAACUAUAAUCGAAGUGGGCAAGAAAUCCGUCUUCAAAGUUGGACAGAAAGUUGUCGUUGACCCCAACUGCGCCUGCAACCUCUGCACCUUCUGCCGCAACGGCAACUACCAGUACUGUCUCACAGCCGGAAUCAACAGUACCAUAGGUAUAUUCAGGGACGGCGGAUGGGCACAGUACGUGAAAUGCCCUCAGGAUCAGGUGUACGCGUUGCCUGAUGGCAUUACUACCAAACAGGCUGGCCUCUGCGAGCCAUAUUCCUGCGUCGCUCACGGCUACGACAGAGCGUCACCAAUCCCUGUUGGGUCUAAAAUACUCAUUGUAGGAGCUGGAAUUAUCGGUAACCUAUGGCUCACUACAUUACAUUUGCAAGGACACCGGGACGUGACCGUCUCGGAAAUGAACAAAACCAGACUUGAUAUUGUUAAGAAGCUUGAAACCGGUUACAGGCUGGUAACACCGGACGUGUUGGCGGCAGAAAAACAGUUGUAUGAUAUUAUUAUUGAUUGCACAGGUGUCGGUAAAGUGAUGGAAAUAAGCUUCAAUUAUCUUCGUCAUGGCGGGAAAUACGUUGUGUUCGGUUGCUGCCCGCCGAACCACCAAGCGUCAAUAAAUCCAUACAUUAUUUACGACAAGGAAUUGACAAUAAUUGGGGUUAAAAUCAACCCCUUCAGUUUCCCAAAGGCUAUUGGCCUUCUUAGCGCAAUGGGAGACAGAUAUCUGGAUUAUGAAAAGCUGGGAGUGAAGACAUUCGCUUUGUCGGAAUAUAAACAGGCAUUGGCUGCGUUGAAGGAUGGAUCUAUUUCGAAGGCGAUAUUUAAAAUUGAAUAA